AUGGGUGAUUCCCAGAGAGUCGAGAUGCCGAGAAAAGACAUAGAAGUAAUCGAGGGCCGAAUGGUGGUUCUGGAGGCCUGGUACACGCCUACAUCCGUCAUCGAGAAAAAUACAGUCAUCUGGAACUUUGACUCCAAACAUCUCACCAGUGAAUACAAACAAAUCAUCUCCUUUUCCUCAGGCAAGAUCGGGAUUGGAAAUUCUGAAUUCACAAAGCGUGUUGGCUUUACAGCGUCUAUGCCUUCUACCAACCUCUCCAUCUACGUCAACAACACGCAGGAGUCCGACUCGGGGAAUUACCUCUGUAACGUCAUCAUUCCUGGAGCACCAGGUCUCUCCGGGAAGCUGCAUCUCAAUGUUCUAGUCCCGCCUUCCACUCCAGUGUGCUCUAUGACUGGGGAUCCUGUGCUGCAGGGAAACGUGACGCUACACUGCAAGUCCAGCUAUGGCAAACCUGUCCCUCAGUACAAGUGGAGCAGGACUGCUCCUGUCUCUGAGAUCUACUUCCCUCCAAUGCUGAAGCGGAGGUCAUGCCCUCAGCCUGUGCUUGUGCUCGGCUACCUGGAUGAGAGGCUGGGCACCCUGAGGUUGAGAAACCUGACCAAAAGCAUGUCAGGAAAAUAUGUGUGCAAGGCCAGCAACACAGCUGGGAGCGACAGCUGCCACAUCAACUUGGAAGUCACCACUCCCAGCAAUAUCUGGCUGAUAGGAGGAGUCACUGCUGCCGUGGUUGUGGCCCUCAUCCUGCUUCUGGUCUUCAUCUUCUGGAGGAAACGUGACACAGAAGAGGAAAUGGCCAACGAAAUCAAGGAGGAUGCCCAGGCUCCAAGGCGGGUUUCCUGGGCUAAGAGUACUACCACAUCAGAGAUUAUCUCCAAGAAUGGCACUCUGUCCUCGAAAGCCAACAGUCCUGUUCCUCAAGAUCCUCCUCACAUGCCUAACAACUAUUACCCAUACUCCCCUGGGGGCUGUGACUCCAUUCUCACUUCUUCAGGAGGCACUCAUCUGUACCCAGUCAAGCCCAAUCCUCUCCAUGGGCUGCCUGGCUACAAUGUCAAGAUGCCGACCCAUUCCCAACAGCACCACCAACCAAAGAACAGCUGCACACUCAGGAUUGAUGAAGCUGAGCUGCAGGCACCAUGCCCCAACCCUGUACUCGUCAGAUCCAUGCCACUCUGUGGCGCUGUGCCUGUCAUGGUACCUGCUCAGAAACAGGCCGGUUCACUCAUCUAG